AUGGUGCAGAUACUCUCCCUCAUCCACAUCAAAAAGGGGUCUCUGAGUAGCAUGCCCUACAUACCAGCAGACGUCACAAACCUAAAGGCAAAGUACCGUAGAGAAAGGAAGUUGGCUGGCAUAGAAGCCACGAUAGCCUACUUCGAUGAGAAAGCGAAAGAAGAUCCAGAUUUCUUCUACAGGAUAAGAUUAGACGAUGAGGACCGUGUCAGGAACAUGUAUUGGGUGGAUGGUGCUGCAAGAAGAGCCUACAAACAUUUCCGAGACUGCAUUUCAUUCGACGCAACAUAUCUCACUAAUAUGUACAAGAUGCCAUGCGCUCCAUUCAUAGGAAUAAAUAACCACAAUCAGUCAUUGCAGUUCGGAUGCGGGCUCGUUCGGAACGAAGACAUGGAUGGGUACACUUGGCUAUUCAAGACCUUCUUGGAGUGCAUGGUUGGACUUGCUCCGAUGAACAUAAUAACAGACCAGGAUUUUAGCAUGCGUGCAGGCAUAGAGGAGGUCUUUCCAUUGGCAGUGCACAGGCACUGUAGGUGGCACAUUAUAAAGAAGGCUGAGGAGACGCUAGGACCGUUCUUUGCUGACCGUCCAGAGCUGCACAAGGCAUUCGAGCUGUGCGUGGACCACAGCUUGACGGUGGAGGAGUUUGAAAGGAGCUGGAUGGCUAUGAUUGAAACAUAUCAAACUACACAGCGCAGUGAGGGGUUCAAUGCUGUUUUGAAGCGGUACGUGAGCCCUGGCAACUCAUUGCUACAGUUUGCCAAGCAGUACACCGCUUUGCAACAAAAAAUACUGGGAUCCGACCUACAGCAAGAAACAAACACCGCGCUCAAGCAGCCAAAAUUGGUAACGUAUUUACCAAUGGAGAGGCAGAUGAGCAAGAUAUACACCAACAAGAUUUUUAACAAAUUCCAGGAAGAAAUAAAGCGUGACAGCAUGUACAUGGCUUUCCAGGUGGACGAACAUACGUUCAAGGUGUGUUCUAUACUGGGCAUGUCGGAUUCAGAAUCUGAAGACCCGAACAAGGGAAGGAACUACUUUGUGAAGGCAUCGAUAAGCGAAAGCGAAUACUACUGCCAAUGCUGCAAAUUCGAACGGGGCGGGAUUGUGUGA